AUGCCGCCUACCGUAUUUGUAUUCCUUGCUCUCGUUUUACAAUCAGUCAACGCCUCCGACUUCACAAAGGUAAAUCUUUUCACAGGCACAACUGUCCUUAAUAAACCCUAG